AUGCGUCGUCGACAUCGUACAUUUCUCGUUUUAAUAACAAGUGCAGCGGCAGUUACAUACGGUCUUAAUCGUUUGAUUCAUCGACAACAAGAUAAUUCUUUCAAUGAAAAGAAUUCGAAUGAUUUAUCAUUACAAUUACUUGAAUCAAAACUUCAUUUAACUGAUGAUUUAUUAAAAAAUAAAGAUGAUAAUAACUAUAUUCCAAUGGAAUCAAUUGAUCCAAUAGCAGCAAGACAUUAUCAUCAAGCUUUACAAUAUAUAAAACAAAUUCAUUCAACGAAUACUCAUAUACGUGAACGUGGUCUUAGUCAUUUAGCUAAAUUAAAAAAUUUACCACCAACAUAUUAUUCAAUUAUUGGUCAACAACUUGAUUAUCAUUCAGCUAUUCAAUUAGCACGAACACAAGAAGCUAAUUCAAAUCUAUUUCCAACUGGUCCACCUUAUAUAUUAUCAAUUGGAAAGAAAAAAGUUCUUGCUACAGAUAAUGUAGAAAGUGUUAACGAUGAUGAUGUACUUUUACAUACGAUAACAGAAUUUCUUGACAAAUUAAUUGAUAAUGAAAAACGUCCAUUAGAUAUAUUAAGUGAUCAUUAUCUUAAAUUGCUGAAAUCCUAUUUGGAUGAAAUUGAUUCUCAAACUGUAUUUGAUCUUGUACAACAUUUUGAACCUGAACAUGCUGAUAUGUCACCAAAAGCUAUAAAACGUUAUCGAUCAAAUUUAGAACUUUAUUCCACAUUUGUUUAUGCACUUCGUGGUUAUGCUGAUCGUUAUCCACUUGAUGUUGUUCAUUCAAAUGGUUUACAAAUAUUAAAAUAUUUAUAUGAAAGACGAAAAGAUAAUGUUCCAUUUGUAAGAUUUAUUGGAAAAAUUCUUCUUCUACUCAGUCGAGAAAGACAAACACAUGAAGCAUUUUAUGCCGUUGGCUGGGUAAAAAUUCUACAUGAUAUGGCAUUAGAUGAAAAUAAUAUUAUUUAUUCUUUACUUGGAGCAACAAUAUUAGCUAAUCUUGAUCGACCAAAUCAUGAAAAGUUUGCAUCUCUCAGUCAAGAAAAAAUAUCUAUAAAUAAAAAUCCCAAACCGUUAUAUCUACCAUCAGAAAUUAGUAAUAUUGAAUUAAUUAAAGCAGAAAUUAAAACAGAAGAAAAAAAAGAAGAUGUACUUGAACAUCAACCACCAUCGAAACAACCAACUGUUAUGGAUAAAAUUGUGCGUAGUGUAUGGUACACAAGACAAGUUUCUGAUGAAGGUGAUACGUCUGAUGAAAUUCAUGAUAAUGCAAUUACUGAUGAUCAUCAUGUUGAAAAGAAUAUUGUUGUUGCACCAGAUAUUGAUACAAGUCAUUCAAUAAAUGAUGAUAAUAAAGUUACAGUAAUAGAACAAGAAAAAUCAAUGUCAGUUCCGUCUUGGAUCAAUGAUCAAGUGUAUGGUGAUAAAAUUAUUCUAUUCAGUCCAGCAAUGUAUAACGUUCAACAAAUAGAUCCGGAUGUACGAUGGCAUCAAGAACCUAUUGUUGAUAUUAUUUUUUUUCAUGGUUUAGCUGGUUCAGCUUUUAAAACUUGGCGACAAGAAUCUGCACAUACAGAAAUAAAACAAGCCGAUGCAUCACCAUUACCAUCAGAAGGAAAAAUAUUACCUGUAGUUGAUGAAUCGCCUGAAGAAGAAAGUGAUGAAGUAAUGGAUGUUAGUGAAGAAACAAAUUGGAAUCCAUCAAAAACGAAUACCUCUACUCCGGUUCCAAAUAUUGAUGAACACGAAUCAACAUCAUGUUGGCCAAAAGAUUGGUUAAGUAAAGAUGUUCCAACAUCACAUAUACGUAUGUUAGCUGUUGAUUAUGAAUCAAGAGUUUCGGAAUGGCAAGUUCGAUCAAUGCCAAGAAAUGUUAUCCGACGACCAAUGCAUGAUCGAGCACAAGAAAUUGCUGAACAAUUAAAACAAGCUGGCGUUGGCAAACGACCGAUUAUAUGGGUAGCACAUUCUAUGGGAGGAUUAUUAACAAAAUACAUUUUAACCAAUGAAGAAAAUGAAGAAUUACGAUCAAAUACACGUGCAUGUGUUUUUUUUUCAGUACCACAUUUUGGAGCUGAAUUAGCAUCAUUUGGUAUUCGUCAUGCAUUUUUUGUUCGUCCAACUGUUGAAAUUGAAGAAUUACAACCGAAUAGUACAAAUCUUCUUAAUUUACAUGAACGUUUUCUUGAUAUUCUCAAAACUCAUGAUAAUAUUAAAAUUUUAAGUUUUGCCGAAAAUGAAAAAACAACAUUUUCAUUACGUUAUCAAACAGUAGUUGUACCGUCAGAAAGUUCACAAAUAAAUAUUGGAAAAUUUUUUGUAUUAAAUAAAAAUCAUAUUUAUAUAUGUAAACCAAAUUCAAAAUCAACUAUUGAAUAUCAAGAAUUACUUGAUCUUAUUCAAACGAUAUAUUCUGAACGUAAGAAUGAAGUUAAAAGUGAACAAAUCAAAACAACAGAAGAUUUUCUUAGUAAUUUAUAUACUUUUUCAUCACCUAUGGAAGAUGAUACACAAUAA